AUGCAUCAAGUCCAGCCCAUGUUCCGGCAGCCGCUCCUCCCUCUGAGCGUGCUCGGUUUUCUGCGUGGAGACCUGCUGAGGAUAGUGUCCAACGUGCUGAUCUUCUCUUGUACAAACAUCGUGGGAGUGUGCACCCAUUAUCCCGCUGAGGGCUCCCAGAGGCAGGCCUUCCAGGAGACCAGGGAAUGCAUUCAGGCUCGCCUCCACUCCCAGAGGGAGAACCAGCAGCAGGAGCGUCUCCUGCUCUCAGUGCUUCCCCGUCAUGUCGCCAUGGAGAUGAAAGCUGACAUAAAUGCAAAGCAGGAAGACAUGAUGUUUCACAAGAUCUACAUUCAGAAGCACGACAACGUCAGCAUCUUAUUUGCAGACAUCGAGGGAUUCACCAGUCUGGCAUCGCAGUGCACGGCGCAGGAGCUGGUGAUGACUCUGAAUGAACUCUUCGCUCGCUUUGACAAGCUGGCAGCGGAGAACCACUGUCUGCGGAUAAAGAUCCUUGGAGACUGCUACUACUGCGUGUCUGGGCUGCCGGAGGCGAGAGCCGACCACGCCCACUGCUGUGUGGAGAUGGGGAUGGACAUGAUAGAGGCCAUCUCGCUGGUACGGGAGGUGACUGGAGUGAAUGUGAACAUGAGAGUGGGAAUCCACAGCGGCAGGGUGCACUGCGGGGUGCUGGGACUCAGGAAGUGGCAGUUUGACGUCUGGUCCAAUGAUGUCACGCUAGCCAAUCAGAUGGAGGCAGGGGGCCAGGCUGGACGGAUUCACAUCACGAAGGCCACUCUGAAUUAUCUGAACGGGGACUAUGAUGUGGAGGCGGGAACAGGGGGAGAACGAAACGCCUACCUGAAGAAAAACAACAUCGAAACCUACCUCAUUGUUGGCUGCAGUCAAAAAAGGAAAGAGGAAAAGGCGAUGAUAGCCAAAAUGAACCGACAGAGGACUAACUCCGUGACACACAACAGCGGCCACUGGACCGACCGUCCGUUCUACAAUCACCUGGGAGGAAACCAGGUCUCCAAGGAGAUGAAGAGGAUGGGCUUUGAAGACCCCAAAGACAAACAUUUUAUUUUCAGAAACACGCAGGAAAACCUGAACCCAGAGGACGAGGUGGACGAGUUCCUCGGCCGGGCCAUCGACGCACGCAGCAUCGACCGUCUGCGCUCGGAACACGUCAAGAAGUUCCUGCUCACCUUCAGGGAGCCUGACCUGGAGAAAAAGUACUCCAAACAGGUGGACUCCAGGUUCGGGGCUUACGUGGCCUGUGCCUCCCUCGUCUUUCUCUUCAUCUGCUUCAUCCAGAUCGUCAUCGUGCCUCCCUCCGGCCUGAUGAUCGGCUUCUUCAUCACCUGUUUCAUCAUCCUCACGGCCGUCAUGUUCGUCUCCACCGUGUACUGCUGUUUCGGGCUCUUCCCAGCUGCCCUGCAGACUCUCUCUCGGAGGAUAGUCCAGUCCAGACUGCACAGCACGCUGGUGGGCGUCUUCACCAUCAUCAUCGUCUUUCUCUCUGCUUUCAUCAGUAUUUUCACCUGCAGCAGCUAUGACCUGCGAGGCUGCAUCCAAGAACAGCUUAACAUCAGCCUGAACAGUGUGAACGCCUGCCACGCACACGACCUCAACUACAGCCUGGACACACAACAUUAUACUGCCUGUGGAGACAACGGCCUCAUCUGCAGCUUUCCUGAGUACUUCUCGUCCUGCGUGCUGCUCAGCCUGCUGGCCAUCUCCGUCUUCCUGCAGGUGAGCAGCAUCGGUAAACUCUUCCUCAUGCUCUUCAUCGAGCUGCUCUACCUCCUCAUCAUGGAGGUGCCCAAAGUGAACCUCUUCGACAACCAGGACCUGCUGGUGAUGGCCAACGCCAUCAACAUCAUCGAGCACAUCAAUGGAACAAGCUGUGUUGUGGACAACAAGGUUCCUCUGAAGAUCAUGACCCCGGUGGUCAUCACCGUCUUCGUGCUCGCCCUCUACCUUCACGCACAGCAGGUGGAGUCCACGGCCAGGCUCGACUUCCUCUGGAAGCUGCAGGCUACGGAGGAGAAGGAGGAGAUGGAGGAGCUGCAGGCCUACAACCGCCGUCUGCUCCACAACAUCCUCCCCAAAGACGUGGCGGCCCACUUCCUGCAGCGAGAACGACGCAACGACGAGCUCUACUACCAGUCCUGUGAGUGCGUGGCGGUCAUGUUCGCCUCCAUCAGUAACUUCUCCGAGUUCUACGUGGAGCUGGAGGGCAACAACGAGGGAGUGGAGUGUCUGCGGCUGCUCAAUGAGAUCAUCGCUGACUUUGACGAGAUCAUCAGUGAGGAUCAGUUCCGUCAGCUGGAGAAGAUAAAGACCAUCGGCUCCACCUACAUGGCGGCCUCUGGCCUCAAUGACUCCACAUACGACAAGGCCGGGAGGUCACACAUCCGCGCCCUGGCUGACUACGCCAUGAGGCUGAUGGACCAAAUGAAAUACAUCAAUGAACACUCCUUUAACAACUUCAAAAUGAAAAUAGGUCUAAACAUCGGCCCCGUGGUUGCCGGGGUUAUCGGGGCCAGGAAGCCUCAGUACGACAUCUGGGGGAACACGGUGAACGUGGCGAGUCGAAUGGACAGCACAGGGGUGCCUGAGAGGAUCCAGGUAACAGCAGACCUGCACCAGUUACUGAGCUCCUAUAACUACACACUAGAGUACAGAGGCAUGGUCACAGUCAAAGGCAAAGGGGAGAUGAUGACAUAUUUCCUCACCGCUGGACCACCAAGCAGUUAACCCCGACUAAGAGACGUAUAGAAAUCUGACAUGGCGAUCAGGUUCAUGGACCUCUGGUAGCUUACGGUGGACUGACACAGACUGACUCUUCUCUUGAGCGCCAGCACCUAGCGAGGCCACAAAGGGGGACGGGUCACAAAUUCACCCGAAAGCUCAGCCUGUGGAGGAGACUAUUAUCGGCUCAAUCUGCCAUUGAGACCAAAGAUGUCCAAUCAAGGCGCACAGACGGAUUUUGCCAGCUGUGCAAGUCGACGAAGGAAAAAGAAAGCUCUGGAAGAAGUUGUAUCUGCUUCAAUCUCUCAGAGAGGACGAACCUGGUCAUGAACUACAUCACUCCCUCUCUUUCUCUUCACCUUUCUCCUGCUGAAGGAUAUAUGUACACAGAAAACACAGAGUUUUAUGUGUAGGUAUAUGAUGUUAAGUACUGUAUGUGAAACACAUUUUGUCCAUAUUGUUGUGAUACAGGUACAAAUCUCUGAGGAGUGGACACUCAAUCAACACAGCAACUAUCGUCUUUUUUCAUCAAUAUCUGAUCACAUGAUAUUGAUUAGCAGAUUAAUGGAGGCACUGAGCUGAAAAGAAUGUCUCACAGAGAGAGGAGAGAGAGAGUCAGGUUGUUUUUUUUGUAUGAAAAGAGAGGCAGAAGUUCCCCGGUGUUCUCAGAAAGCUUAAUAAUUCACAAACAUAUACGACAGUAUCGACAGAAUAAACACACACACACACCAAACACAAAGAGGAUGUCACUGAAGAGCUUUUUCUAUUCUUCGACGUUUUGUAUUUUGAAUUCAGAACACCAAACCCUAUCAGAUAUUUUAAGAUUCUAUAUUUUGUACAUUAAUAUAUUAGAGAGCAAUCUAUAAACACCAAUGUGUAUUCAGAUGUUGACGCUGUAUCACUCUCACGUCGGGACUUUAAAAGUCCUCACAGGUGUUCCCUGGUCCGAGCAUAUCGCCACAGCUGAGGGUUCCCAUUUAGCCCAGCAGAACGCCUGCUUCUUUAGCUCUUUUAACUCAAAUGAACACUUUUGAUCUGCAGGAAGUCGAGCGUUUUCCCGAUGAUUCCCCUUCACUGGUGUGUUGAUGUGAUGUCAAACCGAGUGAGUGCACUCUUUGAAAGGCAAGACAGCAAUGAAGUAGUCUUUUUGCACUCGAGCGCGGUCAGCCGUCCACACUCUUCUUGCGCCGCUCCACCCCCAACCCCCAACCUCCCACCCCUUGCUUGCUCAAUCAGAUGGUACGACCCAAUGAAUGUCCAAUGAUUUCCGAUGAGGCCUUUUAACAUGAACUCUAUACUGAGGAUGGCGAUGAUGCUCAUCCUAAGGACCGGGACAGACGAGUCUGUGUGAAGCGCGCCCUUUCAUCUGCUGUUUUCAAUUGUUUUUUUUCCCCUAUCAAAGCGUUUUUUCUUCUGUAUUACAGCAUCACUCCACAUUACCUGACAAACCUUGUUCACCUGCCUGAUUUCAUCGAUCUCUGUUGUUGUUGAUUUUGUGCCAUGUUCUUACCAAACAUUACAGCUGGUUCUGUUUGUCUUGGCUGGGUCACAGAGCGAAUGAAGUUAAUAUUUGGACCGAGUGUCGAGUUUUUUGACAUGCAAGUGAAAAUAAUUGUUUUUUGAAACAAAUCUUAUGAAAAGGCCAAAAUGAAUCAUCUGUUAGUAGAUUUCUCAAUACUUUAUGACAUCCCUUAAAGGUUAAUUUAUUGAGUUUUAAAGCAAAAGAUUGUCAAACGGGAGCAAAGGAGAAUGUAAGAAAACUAUUUUUUUUAAUGUAAAACACAAUUUGGUACAUAUUUGGCGUGCUCAGUCGGUCAGUAUUUACUGUAUGAGGGGUUGACUCAACACCGACCACACUGUAUGAAGUUUGAGGGUGACAAAUUGAGAAGAUUUUAAAAGUGUGUUAAUACGAUGCGUUAAUGAAUUUUUUAACAUUUACUUAUAAUUGUCAAAAACCAGCGUAUACUGAUAAAACAACAGUGAAAUACAAGAGUGGCCAUCAUUUUAUAAAAGGCUGAAUAAGAUUUAUUUUGAAAGGAUAGAUAAGGCAGACUGAUAAAUGAUUGUCAUUACAAAAAGUUAUAUUUUAGUACGAUUCUUAAAUACCUUUAGUUAUUUUAAAAAUGAAUGUAGUCUACCACUUUAGGUCAGGUUUAAGUUAAAUUUAUAUUAUUUCUAAAUUGUGACCUUUUUGAAAUUGUGCAAACUUAACACAUUACACCUAUUUUUCAAAAGAUAUUUAUUCACUGCAGGAAAAUGAACGAUUAAAUGCACACUUUAGACAUUUUAACACUUUCUUUAUGCAUGUUAAAGGUCACAUAUUAUCCUCCUUUUCAACCAGUUUAAAUAAGUCUCAGAGCUUGGGGAACUGUAAAUCAUGUCUGUAAAGUUUCUUAUUCUAAAUCAACUCUGAUCCUGUAUUUGAUCAUAUCUAUAAACCCCUCUAUUUCAGCCCUGCUCAGAACAGGCUGUUUCUGUGUCUGUAGCUUUAAAUGUAAAUGAGCUGUGUCUGACCGCCAAAACAAUGUAUUGAUCAGUUCUGUGGACACCUGGAAAAAUAUUUAAGAACCCCAAACUUUAGUUUUUUUUAAUGAAUUUUUGGAUUGCUUUUGGUUUCUUGUUUUGAAAAGAAAAACUCUGCACUCUGUCCAAAUGUUUGCUUUGAGAUAGUAGAAUGAAAAACAACGAGCACUGGUCUACUCUGAUGGUUUUCUCUUAUGUUAAUGUACUGUACUGCUGCAAACACAUGAUCUUCACACACCACUACUAAAGAUUUGAAGUGUUCUCCCAUUUGACUCGUUGAAUGCAGUGCCAUUGUACGCUCAAAGUGGGCUACUUUUUCCACUGACGGUUGUGCAGGAAUGUACUUUAAAGUAACGAAAGAAACGGCACAGAACAGAGAUGGUUAAAAACUUUAUAAGGAGAAUCUCACCUACUGUCUCAUUUAUUUUACGUUUCUUGAUGAAUCUGAGAAGAUGACAAGGAAAGGCAGAAUUAUGUGACAAACAGCAGCUUCACAGACAAAACCAUGGGUUGUUUUUAUUGUCAUGCCAAACACUAUGCUCUUUUUUUUUUUUUACAGUCAAAUAAACGCCUGAGAUAUUUCA